AUGGCAUCCUUCAAGUACUUCAAAGAGACAUUUAUCGAGGCGCGGUCGCUCUCCCUGCUGCGCUUCCUGGCGACGUGUACUGGGGUAGAGCAGCUGCUCAUCUCGGACGGGUGCGCCUUCCGCCUGGAGAACUACGAGCCGGAGGACCUCCCCGUCGUCGACCUGCCGCACCUGCAAUGGCUCUCCGUCCGCAGGGAUGCUCCCUUAGCAGCCGCCCGAGCGCUAGUGGCGUUUCGCUUCCCCCCUGCAGCCACGUUCGAGCUGGAGAGCUACCUGUACAAGCCGUCCGAAGUCCGGCGCUUGCUCCGGACGCAGGGUUGGUUGGAGUGUAUUCUUGUCCCGAACUUGGACGAUCUUGAGGUGUUCUCCGGAACCCGUUCCCUGACGUUGCGCGUCGACGACAUGCCCGACUACGAUGUCGACCACCAGGUUCCCCACGUCGUGUUUCGGCUUUACGGACACCCGGGCGUAUGGGGAUCCGAGCCGCACUGGUUCCUCAAAGGAACCUACCGGGAAGGCGUGGAGAUGAUGGCCCAGCACCGAUACUUCAGGCGGUUUCUCGGUGGCCUGCCUCUGGUCUUUCAGCCGGAGCUCCUUACGCGGCUGGAGCUGCACUUCGCGGAUUGGCUGCCCGUGCGCCGGAUGUCGCUGUGGCGAGAGGUGUUCGGCGCAUUUCUCGUGUUGCGAGAGCUCGUAAUAGGGGGAUGGGAGUGCAUCGAAGCGGCGACGCGCAUGCUGGAGAACGACCUUGCUCUGCUGCCGGAGCUAGAAAUGCUGUGCCUCUGCGUCCAAGAGCUGCCGCAACAUCGGGAAGAACAGACGGGCCAGACCAUGAUACGAUGGCUCACGGCACGCUACGAAGGGCAGACGGGCUUGAAGAGGGUGGAGGUCGUGUGUGGGUUGUACGUGUCCGACGACGCCGUCCAGUACGCGCACCGCCUCAUGUUGCAGGUCAGAACGCAGGUCCCGUCGCUCGCGACAGAGGUACAUGAGAAGUGGGCGUGCUAUUCGUGCGGUAGUGGAAAAACGGGGCAGGAGAAGGAUGCGGACUGGGAAUGGGAGGCGUCGUCAGAUGAGGAGAGCCAGCCUGAUGAAGAGGACGAGCCGGAAGAUGCCAUCUCGACCACCAGCUGCGAUGGAAGGCGGGAUGAACAAAACGGAGGCCGCAACAGGACCGGCUUAAUUUUGGUCCACGAGCUUACUGAAGAAGACGUCGUGUCAAGCCCUUAUAACUCGCGCAAUUUCUUACAUGCCUCAGUCUUCUCCACCAGUUCGCUUUUUGCGGCGGCACUCCGCGAUUUCAACCCGGUCGCCGGCUCCUAUCCGCCUCGAGUCUUGACCGCGUACUACACGAGCCCGACCCAAACCUGCUGA